GUUCAGCGGUGCCGCACCCUUGCCCCGACCUGGUGCUCUCCUCCCUCAAAAAAGCUGCCGUCCGCACUUCAAGUUCAUUCAGACCGGCCUGCCAGCCUUGGUAGAUCGGACGUGGACGAGUUUUGUCUCUGGAAGGCUUAAGCGUGUCUCCCACGCCCUCCCGCUGUCCUUUCAGUGUUGUAAAUAUCGCCGUUAGCCCUUCGGCGAAGAUGGCAGCCAACGGCUACCUGGUCGUCGCGGCUGUGCUGCUGAUCACGGCACUUAUGAUUGAGCCUGCUCUCUCGCAAGAUACGGUGCCUCCACAAAUAUUUAACUGUUUGAUGGAUGAUUUGGGUGGGAUGACCGUGUCCAUUACAUCACAAACGGCUACUGCUACUUGGACCGCUCCCGCUGCAGUAAAUUUCCAGCCUGGAGGAACGCCAACCAACCCGGAUAGCCAGUCCAACGUGUAUAGUCAGUUUUCUGGCGUCACCCCUUUUAACUACGGUUUUACCACUGUCCGUUACCUGUUUAUUGACAACCCCCCAGGCAGUGCACAGCAAAACAGUGCUAUCUGCUCAUUCUUUGUCAGGAUUGGACUUGUGACUGAUGUCGUUUCGCCGACAGUGUCUAACUGCCCAUCAGAUACUACUCAGUUCAUAUCUUCUGGCCAGACUAGUGCAUCAGUUACCUGGAUUGAGCCCACAGCCUCUGACAACAAUGGUGUAGUUCGACGGUCCUGGCGGUCACAUGCUCCAGGUUUCCAGUUCCCGCCAGGUUCCACAGAGGUUUUUUACCAGUGGAUUGACCCGACCAACCCCAACACACCAGUGGAGUGCAGAUUUAACGUGAUUUUGUCAACUUUAGGAACGGAUGCUACAGUGCCGUCUUUGACCUGCCCAAAUGAUGUCGUCGCUAAUCCAACUACCGGCGUUGCCACCUGGAUUGUACCAAUACCGUUCGACUCAUCAGGCAUCUCAACCACGACACCCAGUCACAACCCUGGAGAUGUUUUUUCUGAGGGAUUCACCGACGUCACCUACAGCACUGUGGACAAUUUUAACAACCGAGCCUCCUGCUCUUUUACAGUGCGAAGAAGCCCAAGUACUGAGCAAUAUGUACCGGUCAUCACUAGCUGUCCGGAAAACAUUCAACAGGUAUUGCCUGCAGGUAGUACCAGUGGCAGUGUGACGUGGCCAGCUGUCACUGCAUAUGAUGACAGCGGCCAUCUGCGGCUACUCAUGCAGACCUACUCUUCUGGCGCAUCCUUCCCUCUGGGCACAACACCAGUGGAAUACCGCUACCAAGAUGCAGCCGGGAAAAUUGCCAGAUGUGUCUUCACGGUGGGGCUUACCGUUCAGGCAGCGGACACUACACCACCUAUAAUUACAUGUCCAAGUAGCAUAGGCUUAGUGAGCCGCCCUGCUCCCCUGUGGUGCGGUUUGCGUUUUCCGAUUAGCGGCCUCAACGACGAGAGACCUGAGCAGGCUGGGGCUAAGGCACCCCGGGCCUGGAUCGUCACGAUCAGGCGGACCGGAGUACUGCAAAAGCUGACCGAUACCCUCCUUGACUAG